GUCCACUCUCGGCCGCCUCAGCCCCUCACCGGCAAGGGAAGGGGAAGGGGAAGGAAGCUAAGGUAAGGUAGGGUCGGUAAGGUGUGGCCUAGCUGUGAAGUGAAGUACGUAGGAUACGGAGGAAGGUAGGUAUGUAUGUACGGAUAGCGUAGCGUAAGUAGCGUCUCUCGUCAGUCCUCGCCUCAUCAGUCGAGGUGUCGGUAGCUGGCUGGUGGAUGGCGUCGGGGGGUUGUCUUGUUGGUUGUCGCUAGCGCAUGAAGGUUUGUUGGUUGCUGCUCAGCUUCUCACUCCGUGUUCGAUGUCUGCUCGAUGACCGUCGGGAUCGGCUGUCGGUCUUGCCCUGUCCUGUCCAGUUUCUGUCCAGUCUUGUCUCGUCUCGUCUGGACGUCCAGUAUCUGUCUGUCUUCCUGUCUCGUCUUCCGUUGCGCGUGCGGCGUGCGGUGCGGCGUGCAGCUUGCGGCUUGCCUGUGCAAAUGCGGGGAAAAAAGAAACGACAGUUCGAGGCGAAUGAGAAGCGGAGAGAGAAGGGGGGAAAGGAUGAGGGGCGGCCACGAGCAACAGGAGGGUUGCUGCCGUUUCUGUAUCCGUACUGAAGGUUGAAGUAUACUGUGUAGGUAAGUAGGUAGUAGUAAUAGUCGUAGAGCUGAGGUAAAGGUCGUGUG